UAUAAGAACAUUGUUGUGUCAUCUGUUAUUAUGGAAAGGUGAAUACUCCUAGAACAUAAAGAAGAAUAAUAGUUUUAUGACUGAGUUAAAUCAUCAGCUGUUGGCUAUUAGUUUAAGAAAAGAGGGGACUUUAGAAAGUCAUGGCAAACCAAUUACAUAUGCUUUGAGGUAACUAUCUUUGUGAAGCAAAAGGAAUGGUCAGCAUCAAUAGAACAGAAUGAAGGUAAAAUUCAAUACUAGGUUUAUUAAUCUUGUGUAUCACCAUAUAAGAAGGAAAGCCGUCCCUCCUAAGCUUUUUCACAAUUUCAAACUUAAGCUUGGAUCAGUCAGGGAAGCCCUGCAAGAAAACCAGAAACUAGGGACCUACUUGGCAUCGCUGCCAUUUUUCGUUUCUGAAAAUGUAGAAACUGAGGCUUGAAACUUAUUUGGUUCCCCCUUCCACUUUUUAAUAUUCUGACAACUGCUUUUUAGAGUUCUCAAAAAAGUGAAAGCUCUUAGAAAUAGCUUUCAUUUUUCUUUGAAAAUGAAAACCGCCCAUUGCCACCACCGCUGCCUCUUUCACCCAGGGCCGGCCCGACCUAGGCGGUCGCCUAAUCCCUGGCCCAAAGGAAGGCCACCGCUUAGGUUCAAGGAAGAGCUACAGUAAAAUCUUAAAUUUUCUUCGCUGCUAUAGUGCCACGGCUACUUUCCAUCGCAAUCGCACUGCAAGAGGCUGCUUCCCAUCGCCCCAAGGGCUGCUUCCCAUCGCCCCAGGGGCGAGCCAGCAGGUCGUCUCCGGCCGGGGUUACAAGGAGUACCGCGGCUACGGGCUACCGCAGCCGGGGAACCAGACCCUCGAUCAGUUCACUGUUCAUCAAAGACAUCUCUUACCGCCUCUGUUCGCCGACUCGCCGUUCCCAAAUCCCACAUUCCCACUUCGGCAGCGGGCAGUUCGGGCCUGUCCGGCGUCUUCUCGUCUGGGUCCCAGGAGCCAGAAGCCUUCCGCCAAAAUCACAUCUCCAAUCUCUUACCCAAGUCCUCGGCCGCUCCCAAUCCCAUCCGCUGAUCUGUAGUCGUUUCUAGUUAGGCCUGAGAACAAGACGAAUCCACCGAAGUCGAGGCCACUCAUCCCCGGACCUUAUUUCCACUCGCAAGGAAGAAGGCCCAGCGAGCAAGCUUCCUGUCUUCAGGUUACCGAGAACAAGACUACCACUGUGCAGCCGGAGCGUCCUCCAAUAUGGAUAUGGGGAUGAUCGGAACGAGGGUCGGAGGAUGGUUUGCAUCCUACGUCGUAAAUAAACUGGCUGAGAAGGUUUCGCUGCAUUUGGACGACCGAUAUGAUCUGCUCACGGGUGCGAAGGCUAUGGCGGAGGAUGUGAAGGCCAGACUUCCUCGUAUCCGAGCUGUGAUCCAGGCAGCGGAGGGGAGGCCGAUCAGGGACGCAGCGCUGGCCGCGUGGCUGAGGCAACUCAAAGAUGCUGCCUACGAGGCUGACGAUGUGCUGGAUGAGCUUGAAUUCAAGGAGCUUCAUGACAAGCUGCACGGCAAGAGCAAGGUGAGCGACUUCGUAUCCCACGCUGUUAAGCUUCUCAAGCAUUUUAUAAUGUCCGACGAUGACCUGAAAAACUUGAAGAAUCUUGCGGGAAAUCUUGAAAAGAUUUAUCUUGACAUCAAUUGUAUGGAAGAACAAUUAAAGGACUACACCACAAAGCAGAGAAGUGUGACCAGAGAGACCAGCUCGAUUAUCCAGGACAUUGUGGUUGGGAGAGACAAAGAGAGAGACAUGAUAUUAGAUGUGUUGUUGCAUUUAGCUGAUGAACCGGAAUCUAGCAUCAAAUGUGGGACUGGGAGUAGUAGCUACCCGAGUCUUGGUGUUCUUCCUAUAGUAGGCAUUGGGGGUGUUGGCAAGACUGCUCUGGCUCAACUUAUUUAUAAUGAUGAAAGAGUAGCAAGGCAUUUUGAGCUGAGGAAGUGGGUCUAUGUGUCUGACAAUUUUGAUGUCAAGCGGAUUUCUAAAGAGCUGGCAUAUGACUCGGUGCUCGCCCGGAUCUCGGACGAUAGUAGUUUGGAUGGCAUUCUAGGGAAAGUUGGAGAUGCUACGAGGAACAAAAGGUUUUUGUUUGUCCUUGAUGAUGUGUGGGAUGAGACAGGUAGCAAGUGGAGAGAACUCCAUGGUGUCUUGACAUCUGGAGCGAAAGGAAGCAUGGUUCUGGUGACAACACAGAGUCCAGUAGUAGCAGAAGUUAUGGGCACCAUGGACCCCAUAGAAUUGAAGAGCCUACAGGAAGAUGACUACUGGAUACUUUUUGAACAUUGUGCGUUUGGUGAAAAAAAUCUUGAGGAAGAGCGAAAGGAAAAAUUGCAAACAAUAGGAAGGAAAAUAUCUGAAAAACUUCAUGGCUUACCUCUAGCUGGGAAGGUACUGGGAAGUUUAUUGAACUCCAAACUGGAUGAGGAUUACUGGAAGAUGAUCUUAGAAAGUGAGUGGUGGGAACAUGAAUAUGUUUUGGAUAAUAUCCUUCCAUCUCUGGCUUUGAGUUACGAACACUUGAAUGCAAAUCUAAAGCAAUGCUUCGCUUACUGUUCCAUAUUUCCCAGGGGCUAUUGUUUGGAAAAAGAUCGGUUAGUCCAGAUAUGGAUGGCUCAAGGUUUUAUCCAGAACAAGAGUCGGGUAACAAUGAGAAUGGAAGACAUCGGGGGUCAGAUAUUUGACGAAUUAACUAACAGGUGCUUCUUUCUACCAACUCUGACUGACAAGUAUGUGAUGCAUGAUCUGAUAAGAGAAUUGGCAGUCUAUGUUUCGUUGGAUGAAUGCUUGGUCAUCAGCGAUGAGAAAGGAAAAAUUCCAGAGACAAUUCGCCACCUGACUCUGAGGACUGAUAAAAAAAUGGAUGCAAUUAUGGGCACGUGUAGACUUCAAAACCUACGGUCCAUUUUAUUCUUUGGUGAUUAUGAUUCUGAAAAAUUUUGUAGUUUUCUUGACGGCAUGUUAAAACAAUCAAAAAGCCUGCGUGUCUUGGAUUUAUCUUACAGCCAGGUAAAGCUGAAGAAGCUACCGGAUGCUAUCAGUGGGUUAUCACAUCUACGGUACUUAGAUGUCUCCUGCACUAAGAUCAAACAGCUGCCCAAAUCAUUUGGUAGGCUUUGCCAUCUUCAAGUUCUGAGGAUGCGAUCCUGCCAUCUUAAAAGGUUACCCCAAGACGUGAACAAAUUAAGCAACUUGCGGCAUUUAUAUGGAGAAGCGGACACAAUUUCUCUAAUUACUGGGAUUGGAGAUCUUAUCAACCUUCAAGAAUUAGAGGAAUUCCAAGUCACAAAGAAGAGGCGACAUGAGAUUGGAGAGUUGAAGGGCUUGAGAAAUCUUCGGAGACGGCUUGUGAUCAAGAAUCUUGAGAAUGUCAAUAGUAAGGAGGAGGCCAUGGAGGCGAUGUUGAAAGACAAAGAACACCUAACUGCAUUGCAUUUAGUCAAGAAAUUAGAUGCAAGAAGUCUUCCUGAUGCGGAGAAGGAGAUAUUUGAAGGCCUCCAACCACAUCCCAGUCUUAAAGAGCUGAGGAUCAAGGGCUAUGGAGGUACCAGAUUUCCAACAUGGAUGGUGGAAAGCAAGUUUCUCACCAAUCUAGAAUUUAUUUCUCUAGAUUAUUGUGUCAGGUUGGAGAGUCUGCCGCCACUAGGGCAGCUGCCUUUCCUCAAGGAACUUCAUCUUGCCAACAUGCCUGCCGUAAAACGAAUUGGUCGUGAAUUUUAUGGUGACACUGGUGUGGCAUUUCCAUCCCUCGAGGCACUAACAUUUAAGGACUUCAAGGAAUGGGAGGAAUGGUUGGAAGCAGAUGGCGCACAAUUUUUACCUCGCCUCCGUAUAUUCUACCUCCAAGGUUGCUACAAGCUAAGGAAAGUUCCCCUCCUCUUCCUGUCCUCAUCGCUUGUAGAGCUCCGCAUCGGAUACUGGGGUGACUUUGGCAAUGCACUGCCCGGAUGUUUGCAGAGUCUCACCUCUCUCACCGAUCUACAUCUCGUGGAUUACCGCGCCCAAGUAUCUCUUUGUUUAUCAAAUUUGAGUUCUCUCAAACAUUUGGAACUUUGGGAUUGCCCGGAGAUGAAGUUAGUUGGGGGGGGGUUACAGUUCCUUACUACACUUGAAAGACUAGAACUCACAAGAUGUCCGAAGCUCAUCGAGUCCUCAGAACCUGUGCAGCUCCACGAGGAGCAGGGACUGCGAACUCUUAAUGGUCUCACCAUAGACGACACGGUCCUACUUCAAAAUCUGUGGAUUCUGUUGGGAAGCCUCCCCUCACUGCAGCGGAUGCAUAUACGUUGGUGUCAUGGUAUGACCAACUUUACAGGGGAACAGGAGCUAUGGUUCCAGCAACUAACAUCUCUUCAAAGUCUGCAUAUAACUGACUGCCAUAGUCUUGAAAGCCUACCUAUUUUGGCAAAUUUUCCCUCUAUCAGGAAGUUAUAUAUACUCACCUGCCCUAAGGUUAGGGCACUGCCAGGGAAUGGCGUGUCUACUUCGCUCGAAGAAUUACACAUCGGUGCAUGCCCUUUUUUGAAGGACCGAUGCCAAAGAGGAGGAGAUGACUGGCCAAAGAUUGCUCACAUACCUUUCAUACAUAUUGAUUCUGAAACCAUACAAAUGCCGUGAAAAGAGAAUUCGAUGCCACUCCUACAUCCAUUCUUCAGCGAAACAGCCACCCAGAUUUAUUAAGAAAGUAAAAAUACAGGGAAGUUAUAGGAAGAGGGGGGAGGUGGAAGAUUAGAGGUUUGCAGGAUCUGGAAACACUAAGAUCAGAAUAACAAAACAGAGGAUCUGAAAACGCUCUUGCAAGGAAAAGGAAACCAGUCUCUGAAAUUCGGCUGAGUAAAACAUGAAGAUGUAAUUUCCUUUUACAGCACUGGAUGACGCAGUCAAGGGAUCUUCAUGUCAUCUAUACCACCUGUCAGUUAAUUAUUAACAAGUUGUUUAAGCACGCAUUUAAUGUUUCGGUCGAUAACUCAUGUUUCAAUUGUUCCUUGAAAUAUCUUUGUUGGUGCAAAUCUCUGCGAGGAAUCAACUCACCUUGUAUUCCUCCGCACAGACUU